AUGGAAAACCUUGACAAGAUGUUUAAUAAAGAUGAAAGAAUUUCAAAAACUGCAACAGAAGAAGAAAUCAAACGUGCCUAUCGAAAAACCGCUCUAAGACUUCAUCCGGAUAAGAAUCCAGAUCCGAAUGCAGCUUCACAAUUCCAAAAUGUUGAUAAAGCUUACAAAGUAUUAAGCGAUCCGAAGUUGCGUAGUACGUACGAUCAGUUUGGAGCAAAUGCAGCGGAUAUGAUGAAGAAAAUGAAUGAAAAUUAUUCGGAAGUUUUAGAACGAAUGCCAAAAUGGAAAAAAAAUUUGUUUAUUUUCUUGUGUAUCUCAACUUGUUGUUGUUUUGGAGGUGGAUGUUGCUGUCUAUGUGGUUGUGGAUGUUGUUGUAAUUUUUGUUGUAAUUACUGUUGUGGAACACGUAAACCGGAAGAAACUCAUCCAGCAUUCAAUGAAGAAGCUGAUCAUGCAAGGACACCCAAUGAAUCAGAACCUGUGAUAAAACAACCAGAAAAUACUGUUAUUACAUUAGAAAAUCCUGAACCACUUCGAACAAGGUAUGAGGCAACGUUUACCACUCUACAAUAA